GUCCUAACCCAUAGUGUUUCAUUCAUAAAUACCAUAAGCGUUUAUUUCGGAGCUGACCGAUUCCAUUAUUUUAACACCGAAUAUCCCUGCAUGGACCAGGUAGAUUACAGUUAGGGGGACAGUCUCACCCUUUCUUGCCUGGACCAUGAGCAAUGAGUCAACCUUGGUGAAAAACCUAACUGACGACGCCACUGAUCUCCUGCAUGGCCCUGGCGGGCAGGAUGGCUACGUCCUCCUGCUGGUUCUGCUCUGCGUCUUUGUGGGGGGGACGCUGCUGUUGCUGUCUGUCCUGCUGAUCCUGUGCCGCCGCUGCUGUGAGGGGGGGCGCCGCUAUUCUAGGGCCAGUGAUGAUCCUGAGAAGACCAACACCACCUAUGUGGAGGAAUACCAGCCGGUUCCAGAGAUCACCAUCCGGGUGGACGAGGAGGACUGCCUGUCCUCAUCCAGUGGACAGGACGUGAAGACGGAGUGCUUCCUGUCCACCGGAUCAACGGGCCGCCGCGUCUCAUUCAAUGAGUCAGCUCUCUUCGACCAUGGCAGGAAAGCGCAGGAGAAAGGCCGCAGGUACACACUCACCGAGGGAGACUUUCAUCACCUGAAGAAUGCCCGCCUCACUAACCUCCACCUGCCCCCCCCUGCCCUGAAGAUCCUCACCAUCCCCGAGUCCCCCGAACAGCCUUCCUCCAAACCCAAACUCUCCAUCUUCCAGCCCCCGGUGCGUGUGCCGCCCCAGACCGCCAUGGCCAAGGUGGGCCUCGGCACGUGCUCCGGCCUCCCGGGGGAUGCCUUAAACUCCACUGCGGAUGCUGACUUUGACGAGAGCUUCCCCAUUCCCGACCUCCGGCUGCCCCAUUCCCGCUCAAUUGACAUCAUGGAAGCACAGGAGUGGAAUGGGAGCAGUCCGGGGAUCGGCGUCACCGCUGAUGGAACGACGGGCGCCAUGGCGACUGCAGCAUCUAGCCAAGGCACUGUGCUGCAGAUCUUCACCAAGCUGCGCCGCCACGCCAGCCUGGAGGGCAUCAGCCCCUACUUCAGGAUCAAGAAGUGGAAGUUUGACAGCAUCCAGCGAGCCUCCAGCCUGGACGUGCGAGGAUCCCCCAAGAGACACCAAUUCCAGCGCCAGCGGGCAGCCAGCGAGAGCACAGACCAGGACGAGCACAGCUCACCCCACCUGGAUUUCAUCCAGCACAUCGCCCGCGUCCAGCACCGGGCCCCCACCUCUACGCUAUCACCUUCCCUCGGCAGGUUAGAGGCGGGGGAGGUGGCAGCGGCCAGUAGCAACGGGGAGGCAGGAGUGAAAGCGGGGCCGUCGGAGUCCCAGGAAGAGGAGGAGCUGCUGUCCGGGGGGGGGCCAUCGCACGGCUGCCAGGAGACCACCGAGCACCUGACACUGUACCGCGACAUCUGGACCCUGCGCGCCUCGCUGGAGCAGUACGCCUCCUCCGAGCAAAGCAGCAACAACGACAGGGAUUCGGUCCGCAGCGACGCCGGCAGCGUGAGUUCGCUGGGGGGCGGAGCCGCGGGGGGGGCUCUGGCCAGCUAUCCCUCGCAGGACACUGGGGAUGAGCUGGAGGUGGAGCUGCCCAGCGAUGUGGGUAGGGGGGACAGGGGCCGGGUCAAGCAGGACAGCGUGGACUCGGAGCGAGGCAGCGACAGCGAGGCGGCGAGUCGCAAGCUGCUGCAGAUGGACAGCGGCUACGCCUCCAUCGAGGCCCCCUCACGCGCCCCGGAGGACGCGCGGCUGUUUGCGCCCCCUGGUGGCGGCAAGGGCAAGACGGCGUCGGAGAAGCGGCACUUCUUCACCAACUCGGGUCGCAAAGUCAGCGUGUGCGAGAGCUUCGAGAUGCGUCUCUCUGAGGAGGAGCUGGAGGACGAGGCCGCAGCCGGGGCCACCGCAGGGGGGUGCAGCCCGGCCGACUGGUCUCCCCACGGGGAGACGUUUGGCCCUCGGGACUCGAGCCCGCUGCCCCGCUUCCGUCGGCGGGAUUACAGCAUCGACGAGAAGACGGACGCGCUCUUCAACGAGUUCCUGCGGCACGACCCCCAGUUUGACCAGCAGGAGUCGCCGGUGAGACAGAAACACCGCUCCCGCGUACACCUGCGCAAGCAGUGGCAGCGGACUAAGCAGUACAGCGACCCCGGCAUGCGGCUCCCCGCACUGGGCAUGGAGAGGCAGCGCGGCGGGCUGCGCCGGGGUGACAGCGCCACCUACCCGCUGGACGUGCGUUACCACAGCAAGCUCUCGCGGAUCGUGAGCGCGGCCGACGAGGAGGGCGGCGAGGGCACCGGCGAGAUACCCAGCGCGGAGGCCCAAGAGGAAAGGUCAAAGGUCAGCCCUGAUGGUGGUGGAGGAGGAGCCUCUGACUCCCCUCCUCCAGCAUCGGAGCAGGGCGAGCCCCCCAGGCCCGGCAGCCCCGGCACUGGCUACGGCCCGCAGAUGAUCGUGGCCGAGUUGACGGACAAGCUGGCCCUGGGGCUGGAUGAUCGGCUGUACAGGGUCCUCCAGGUGCCCAAAGGCAGCUCGGAGUGCAUAGCUACUGCCGUCUCUGUGUCCCCUGACCACAGCCCAGUGUAACUCCCAGCAAUGCCUUCCAGACCUUUUUUUAUAUUACUAUAUCUAACACUUUUAUCCAGAGCAACUUAAAGUAGAGGGAAGGGUUCAAAUUUAUGUUCGCUCCCUGGGAUUUGAACCCACAACCUUCCCCAUAGAUCAGCUACAGUCUGUACGGGGGGGAGGAGGUAUAAAAAGCUAAUAGGUCUGUAUAUAAACAUUUAGUCCCUCCCCUGUCUGUGAUUCAGCAGCUGAAUCCUCCAACAGAGGGCCACACCUGGUCCUCAGAGCUGGAUCUCGUUUCGGUCAAGUUGCAGUACAGCUACCUCCGAGACGGGGUGUUAUAAUGCUGAAAGGGCCUUUCCACUGCACUGACGACGCCACUGUGAAUCCUGGUUCUUCUUGUCCUUAGUCUUACACCCGUGGCCCUGUGUCACAAAGGUCAUUGGUCUGUAUCGCUGCUGCGUCUUAACUUUUUGGUUCGUGGACAAUGAAAAAAUCCUGUGUUACUUUCCCUGUAUGGCAAAUACCUUCUGAUUUUUUUUUUUUCCCCCGUUCGCUCUUUCAAUCAGUCGGGACGGCGAAAUGACAUCAAGCCUAAGGAGUUCCGAGUUCCUACUUAAGCAUCCAUAAUGGGAGAUUUAUUUAGCUAAUUUUAUCUAGAAUUUAUGAACUCCACACGUACGCACGACGCCUGAUGAGUGAUGCAUUGUGCUUUAUACGUGUAUAUGACGUUUGAUGCAUCCAAGAACCCGUCUAGUUCACAAUGAAGAAAUGAGAUAAGGGUUUAUAUUUGGUUACCUCUGGAGUCUUGUAGCAUGAAGCUGUCUUUCAGGUUUGCUUGAAAUUUGCCUUUCAUUUAGAGCAGAAUGUAGAGGACCGGUGUCUUUAUGAGCCUUAGUAAGCUUCUCUGUAUGCAGGUGGGGUGCCAUACCUCCCAGCCAGCCCGAGAUCGACGGCCAUGAGCAACACCUACGCCUGCUAUCAUUCCCCAGCGCAAAUGACCAAAUACGUAUCUAGGAAGGUCUGUUUAGAACCUGACGUAAAGGGAUUAUGAUAACCGGCAGCGGAAUAGAUCAUAUAUGUACGUUUUAGGGUUAAGCAUAAAAGGCAUCUUUUUAUUGAGUCAAAUAUUACAAGAAAAUACCUCCUUGUUUUGUCUCUGCCGAUAUAUGUCGAGAUACAGAUGGUAUAUAAACAUCGGUCAUCGUAAAACACGUAGCCUGUCCGACAUCCGAAACAUUACUGUGCAAGUCUGCAUGUGACAGAGUGAAGAGUUUUAGCACAACCUACCAGGACACCAUUAGAUACCAUUUUUAUUUAAAUUUUUGUAUUUCAAUGAAACUAGACAAAUAGUCUUGGGACUGUAAGACUUUAACAAACCAUACGUGAAAGUUCUCAGUGGCUAAAGCCAUUAUUGUGCAUUAUAUUUUGACUGUGAAAAACAUUUUCUGAAUUCCUCCCAGAUUUGUCGAGGGACCAACUAACGUUAAUUUGUUAGAUAUUUUUGUUUUUGAUUUGUCAAUAAACAUAUUAACCAUUA